GGAACAAACCAUUCCCGGCCGGGGGAGAAGCCAAAUAUCUCCCUCUAUUACCCGUCAGCACUAGGGGGUCUGUGGGGGCCCUCCAACUUCUAAUCCACUGGUUCCCUUCCCCGGUUUCGUUAACAGAUUCGUUGUAGCGGUACCAACCGGGUCACUCCCAAACAACUCCACCCGCGGGCUGCGAAUGGCACCGGCCAGGGAAAUAGAGGGGAGACGGGACAGGCAGAGGCAGAGAAAUGGAUCAGGAACCAGAACCGGAUCAGCAGCAGCAAGUGGGAGAGAAACCCUAUCAGCUGGGUGCCCAGGAUGAAGAGGAGACCUCCCUGAGGUGCUCGGAGCCAGAGGUUGAGGGGCAACAUGAUGAAUACGGCACAGUAAUAAUCAAUGAGGAGGCCGAGGGUUUGGGACCUUCAGAUCCCGGAGAUUUCCAUUUAAACUCCUCAGAGGGUUGUGCGAGUGAAGGAGGGCAGUGCCAGCUGAGUUUGUUGGCAGUGUGCGGGCCCCUCCCAGAGACAACUGGGGCAUCUUAUUCUACAUUCAGUGGGGAUGAUCCUCAAGGUCCUGGGUAUUUCCCUGUGAGGGGGCAGUUCCAGCCGGUGAACCUAAAGAUGGAGAGCAACUUCCCCUCCUCCGCUCCUCUUCCUCGUCGCUCUGCCCGCUGUGCUGCCUCCUGUCGUCUGCCAACCUUUAUAUACGACACGGGACAUGGGGGAGACCGACAGAGGGGCAAGUGCCCGGGAGAUGCCACUGAGGAACCAGGACCACCCUGCCGGAAGAAAAGCAGGACACUCUACAGUAUGGACCAAUUGCAGGAAUUGGAGCACAUGUUUGCUGAGGACCAUUAUCCCGAUAGUGAGAAGAGGCGAGAGAUUGCCGAAAUCAUUGGAGUCACCCCCCAGCGGAUAAUGGUUUGGUUUCAGAAUCGGCGAGCAAAAUGGCGCAAAGUGGAGAAAACGUCCCUAAAGGGGCCAAGGAAACCCCUCUCUUCAGCAGGGAUGUCUCACCCCGAGACUGCUGUACUUACAGUCUCUUCCUCUGUCGCACUUUCCCGCCCACCGGAAGCAGUUUCUCUUUCUGUCACUUCAGGAUUCCACAGUUACGGAAGUUCAUUCCCUCCAGUGGUCGGAGUCCGGAAUGGAUUAUCUGUGGUCCCUGGCUCCACCCUGCAGACAUCUCAGUUGUCCGAUGGCAACUCCCAGCACAGCACCUCCCUCAGUUCCAGCAGCUCAGGUUUGGGAUCCCCCAGUGAAAUUUGUCUCCCACCCUCCCAGGAGUACCCCCCAACGUUCCCCAGCCCCCCGCCUCUGCGCAGAGUUGGCCUCCCAAUGUCCAUGGCCUUUAACCCCAGCAGUCACAUGGUACCACUAAUGCUGGACACACCUGAGAGCACCUGCACCCCCCCUCCAUCAUGUGACGGCGACAUGUUCUCGUAUGCUGCGCAGGAGUACGCAAUCCGGUCCCCCACCCUGCAGGAGACUAUGGGGUCCUCUAUGAGAUUUGGAGGUCAGUACUACCAUCCAAGCAACCAGCCAGCAGCAUUCCAGUUUCCCCAGUACUCCCAGUAUUCCCAGUACCCGCGACUUCCACUGCAUAGCCUUACUCCAACAUCUCCUGAGGAGACCUCCUUCCUUACUAUGCCUGCCAAUAACCCCCCCGGCAUGCUGGCAUACGGGGGCACAGGAGCCUUCCUGCAGGGCCGAACUGGGGGGCACAUCCUACUACCAUCGGGUGCAGGUGGAAUCACAUUUCAUGCUUCCCCGUGGAGUGAUAUGUACCUACAGAAUCCUUCCUUCCAGCGAUCGCAGAUUGGGGGCAACCUGACCGAGCAGCCUCUCUUUUCUCAUCCAGCCCCCCGUCUUGCUCAGCCCCAGAAGACUUCAAAUCCAAGUCAGGCCUCUGAAGAUCAGGACAGCACAGCCACGGUAUCUCCAGAUGCCGCUGUGACUGUCUGAUCACCAGGAACCGCGAGGAUUACGGAGAAAGCCCAGUUGGGUCGCUGGGAUUCGGAGCCACAACAUUAGUCGGCUGUUUAUGUUGUACUUAUUUGAGUUUCUUUGGGGUUUUCUGUUCGUGUUCCAGGAAUAGGGAGAUAUUUUGGGAAAUAUCCAAAGAUUCAUUUGUUAUUCUAAUAAAGUCACAUUGUGUUUGACCCAUGAA